AGCCUGUGUUGAUGGGUAGGAAGGAAGCCUGAUGGAACAGCCUGUGUUGAUGGGUAGAGGAAGCCUGAUGGAACAGCCUGUGUUGAUGGGUAUAGGAAGCCUGAUGGAACAGCCUGUGUUGAUGGGUAUAGGAAGCCUGAUGGAACAGCCUGUGUUGAUGGGUAUAGGAAGCCUGAUGGAACAGCCUGUGUUGAUGGGUAUAGGAAGCAUGAUGGAACAGCCUGUGUUGAUGGGUAUAGGAAGCCUGAUGGAACAGCCUGUGUUGAUGGGUAGAGGAAGCCUGAUGGAACAGCCUGUGUUGAUGGGUAGAGGAAGCCUGAUGGAACAGCCUGUGUUGAUGGGUAGAGGAAGCCUGAUGGAACAGCCUGUGUUGAUGGGUAGAGGAAGCCUGAUGGAACAGCCUGUGUUGAUGGGUAGAGGAAGCCUGAUGGAACACCCUGUGUUGAUGGGUAGAGGAAGCCUGAUGGAACAGCCUGUGUUGAUGGGUAGAGGAAGCCUGAUGGAACACCCUGUGUUGAUGGGUAGAGGAAGAAUGAUGGAACACCCUGUGUUGAUGGGUAGAGGAAGCCUGAUGGAACAGCCUGUGUUGAUGGGUAGAGGAAGAAUGAUGGAACAGCCUGUGUUGAUGGGUAGAGGAAGCCUGAUGGAACAGCCUGUGUUGAUGGGUAGAGGAAGCCUGAUGGAACAGCCUGUGUUGAUGGGUAGAGGAAGAAUGAUGGAACAGCCUGUUGAGUGGUGCAAUCUUGCCUCCGGCUGCGUCCCAAAUGAGACCCUACCCCCUCCCUACAUAAUGCACUUAUAUGAGCCCUGGUCAAAAGUAUUAGUAUUCCAUUUGGGGACGUAGUCUUAGACCCCUAUUCACACUGCCGAGGCAGUAGAGUAAUGUCCAAUACAUGCAGUGGUUUCUAUGUCCAUGUUUCUGUUUAAUAAAUCAACUGAAAAUA